AAUUCUCAGCGGCGCAGGUCUGCAAGAGGGCUGAGGGCAGGAGAACAGGAUGGGGCGCGCCUUCUGUACCGUGUCUACGGUGCUUCUAACGCUGUUACUCUUCAUCCCCUCCACGCUACCGGGCCGACUAGUGAACGAGAAGACUCCAACACAAGCCGGGAUAACCGACCACGUCAAGACAGUCGAAUGUCGUGAUCCAGUGCAUCUUUCUUGCGACCGCGGCGUUCUACUUAUCAGGUCCAUCAAUUACCUGGGACACCGAGCAUGGCCAUAUUCUCGUUCUCCAUCCACAGCUGAUCUUCGCAAAAAAUGUGAUGGCAAACGCUAUUGCUUUGAGCCACUCCGAGAUUGCUUCAGACGAGAUGAGUACAAAGUCUCGUACUCAUGCAAAGAUGUAGAGGACGACCCAUGUAAGAAGAAACCAUGUGAGCAUGGUGCCUGUGUCGCCAAAAGUGGCCACUACACCUGUGACUGUGAGCGUGGAUGGACCGGGAAGAACUGCAACGACCGAAAGACUGACUGCCAUUCAACAUGUGAGAACGGCAUUUGCGAACGUGUGCCCUGGUACCCGUACGGGCUUUCGAGCAGUUACCGCUGCGAAUGCGACAGAGGCUGGUCAGGACAGAAUUGCGACCAAGAAACGGACCCAUGCAGACGAAACCCUUGUCAGAACGGCGCGUGUAUACCCACUGACCGUGGAAGGAGGUACAGCUGCGUAUGCGAUCCUGGAUGGACAGGAAAGAACUGCGACCAACAGACCGACCCAUGCGAAGGAAACCCUUGUGAUCAAGGCGUGUGUAUAGCCGAUGGCGCCGGAUACACGUGCAACUGUCGUCCUGGCUGGACCGGAAAGAACUGCAACCUUCGUAUAGAUUUCUGCAAGGGAAAUCUAUGUCUGCACGGGACUUGUGAAAACCAGAACGACGGAUACAAAUGCAAGUGUUUCAGUGGCUGGAGUGGAGGAUAUUGCAGACAAGAUAUCAAUGAAUGCUACGCCAAACCCUGUCACUUUGGAACGUGUGUGAACACUGAAGGCGGCUACAGUUGUCGCUGUGACCACGGAUGGACCGGUCAGAACUGCACCAAGGCGGCCGGUGACAAGAUGACGAUGUAUCUGGGUCAUGGUUCCCGUGGACGGCUAGUCUGCCCACACGGGGUUCUAGACGUGGUAUCUGCGCAGUACAGGCGGGACCCUGCUCAUGGAUGCCAGGGCCAGCCCAAAGCCUGUCUUGCCUGCGACGACCACCAUCUGGAUCAGCCGGCCAAGACCAGCGUGCGCGGAAGGUGCAACGGAAGAUGGUACUGCGACGUCAUCGCCACUUCAAGCUUCCUGUUGAAGGGACCGGAUUCUUGCGGCCAUGUGAGAAAGGACCUGGAGGUCGGCUAUCGCUGCGUGGAAGGUCAAAACAGGGAAACUCCGACUGAAUUGGAUACGACAGCAUCCAAAAACUCCGCGAACACCGGGGGCCCGAGCCUGACAGUCAUCUGCCGCUCAACAGGCGACCCCCCGCCCAACAUCACCUGGCGUCUCGGUGAUAAGGUCCUCACCGGCGAUGACAACAACAAACACACCGUCGUCGAGAAGAGGGGUGGACGUGGCGGGGAGUCCUACCUGGAGGCAAAGCUCACCAUCGCUGACUUGGCGAGUCAGAGCUCGGACGAUGAACGGUUCAUCUGCAUGGCAGGUCACAACGAAGACAAUGGCACUGAAGCCUCGUCCAUGGUCAAAGUGCUGGUGAGUGGGAUAGUCAUCACUGUGGCUGGGAUCGGAGCUGCUGCUUUCAGUAUCUACUUCUUCCGAAGAAGCAGCCUCUCCAGAAAACGCGAUACUGACAGCUCCACCUCCCUGCAUGGUUUGCAUGGCUCUGCUAGUCCAAUGCCUGGUCGCCUCCGACCGCUGCCAAGCCUACCAAAAACAAGAUGGAGCAUGGCAUCAAAGAGGGAGUCGGCGUCCAUCGCGAUCAUGGACUUCCUCAAGCCCAUCCCCAUCACCAUGCUGAAGAAAGAAUUCAACCGGAGACUGGCCAACGAGGAAAAGCUGUUCACGUAUGAAUACGAGGCUCUGCCCAAGCUGCUGGGGGAGGAACAUUCCCAGGCCUGCCAGAAGAACCGGGACAAGAACCGCUUCAGGAACAUCAUCAGCUAUGACCACAGCAGGGUGAUUUUGUCACUGGUUGGCGGCGAUCCGAGGUCUGACUACAUCAACGCCUCCUACAUCGACGGCUACAAAGAGGAGAAGAAGUACAUUGCAACUCAAGGCCCGAUGCAGAACACCGUGCAGGACUUCUGGCGCAUGGUCUGGGAGACCAGGUCCUCCACUAUCCUCAUGUUGUCGAACCUGGUGGAGAACUGCCAGAACAAGGUGUGUAAGUACUGGUCCGAGACCGACAUGAUGACUUACGGAGAGUUCCAUGUCGUCCUGACUGACACCGAAAAAAUGGACUUCUACAUCGCACGUACAUUCCUGCUCACAAAGGAUAACGUCACAGCACGACGCGAGGUGACUCAGUUCCAUUUCCUGGCCUGGCCUGACUUCGGCGUUCCCGAUGACCCCACUGACCUGCUGAAGUUCCAUCAGAUCGUGAUGAAGUCGGUGUGCCCUCGGCCCCAGAACCACCCCAUAGUCGUGCACUGCAGCGCCGGAGUGGGCCGUACUGGGACGUUCAUCACCAUCGACGCCAUGUUGGAGAUGAUGGCCGUGGAGAAGCAGGUUGACGUGUUCGGCUACGUGUCCAAGAUGCGCCGCAACCGCAGCUUCAUGGUGCAGGCAAAGGCUCAGUACGUGUUCAUCUACCAGGCCCUGCUGGACUCCCACCUCCGCGAGGAGCUGAAGCAGCGGAAGUGGAAGCUGUGGCCGCCGUCUGCCGUCAUCUCUCAGAUCAAGAUGGCCACGGCAAGGCGCAACUCUGAAGACGCACGUGCACAGAAAGGAGAAAACGAAAUCUGACCUCCAGCGCUGAUGACGUCAGGAAGCAAGAACAGACUCAAGUCAACUCACCCUGUCUGGUGCCCAAGUAGUUUCAACUAAAGCAUAUGGCGUUAAGCAACGUCUUUUUAAUGAGAAUAAUCAAACCAUCUCACUCUUCCAACUACGCAUGUGCAGUUAUGAUUCAUUGUUGUGGACUAAGGCCAAAGACCAAAGUUCCUCAGUUUGUGCAUAUCUUUGUCUAGAUAUGUUUGAAGCAUUUUCACUGGGAUAUUUGAAUGACCUUGACCCCUGACCUUACCCACAAUCACCUACGUUGCUGGAACUGUGAGUUGGCUUAUUUAAGUUUAAUUACCAGAGAAAGAAUGGAAAUCAGUCAUGCAGGCAGGCAAAGUAGUGAUGUACAUGUGUUUUGGUGAUGAUAUAUAUAGAAGGACCUAUUAUAUCUGUUUUAUUAACCUUUCUGUCAGAAUUUCAUCAUCAAAAAUACUUGAGAAUAUAAAAAGGUUUUAACUUAGUGAACAUUUCUUCAGUAUUGAAGAACAAUGCAAAUUUGUAACAUGGCAACUACAUAACACGGUGAAAAGGCGUGUUUUUAAGUUUUACUAUUCAGUUCUACCAUUUUGUAAGAUCAUAUACUCCAAACAUUUCUGUGAAUGUGGUAUUGUCAUUUCAUAUCUUUUCCUUCAAAGAAGGCUGUUUUGCUGAGCUUAUUAUCAUUUUACUUCAAUGCGAUGUUUAUCAUAACAAUAUACAUAUGCAUUGCCUGUACAAUCUAUUUUAAUGCAUCUUGUGAAAUGGCAUGAUUAUGAUGCACCCACUUUUAUAUUAAGAGAAUAGAGAAAUUUGUAUACACCCUUAUGCACUAUUAUGCGCAACAAGUUUUAUUAUCACACGGUAUUACCACAUGUAUAUAAUGUUUGUAAUCUAUAAAAAUGAAGGAUGAGAAAAAUGUAAGAAAACUAGAUGAGCAGAAGAGGGUGCAAACACCUACCAUUGAAGUAUUCUUUCAACAAAAGAACAAAAUUACAUUACUGUUAUGGGAAGUGCAAAAUCUAAUCACAUAUUUCUUCAACCAUGACAGACCAAGAAAUUACAAUGUAGUGAUUUCAAGUCAUCAAACAGACUUAAGAGACAAGACAAUAACAGCUAAAGCUUGGAUAAAAAUUUGUUGAAAAGAACCAAACUUCUAUAACCAAGGCAUCUUCACUCAAACUAAAUGCUUUUUCUUUUCUUAAAUUCAACUUAUUGUCAUCUGGUUGUAAUGAAAUAACCUCAGCGUCUUGUUUGAAAACAAAAUGGAAACAAUAUAUUUCAACAGAAAGCCAUUGAUGACUUAAACGUGUUUUUCUCGGGAUUGUAAAUGCCUACCAACUGCCAGAAAGCUUUGACUAUUCAUUCACCUUUUAGCAAUCCUGUCCGAGGAUAAAAGGAAAGCAUAGCUCCCUUGUCAGACAAGCCAGGGAAUGGCUCAGCCAGACUCGCAAUGCGCAUGUGCUGGCGUUAUGCAUUGUGGUCUAAGCUCAAAGUUUAAGGUUCCUUGUUGAUGUUUAAAACAUUCUCACAUGAUGUUUAUUUACUUCAGGAACAGCGAGAUGUCAUAUAAUUUUGUACGAGUUUAGAUGCUUUUAUUCUAGAAAUUGUAAAUUUCAGCAGCAUACUGACUUUUGUUACUCUUACAUCUCUGGUGAAGUGGGCGCUGUUCGGAACCAACGGGUAAAGUUUGAUUAUUGUUUUGCAUUUCAUUUGCUGUGGCAAAGUUGCAAUGUGUCAGUGGGCAUUUUACUCAACGCACAUCCAAAACGUUUCACGCCGGUCUCACUGAAAAAUUGAGCUGUGUAUUGACAAUGGUUUUGAACAAAAGAAAAUGUUGUGAAUAAUUUUCAUCUAGAAGAAAAAAAUUUAACAUUGUAGAUGACAAAUUUUCUUUGAUUAAAAUAAUUGGGCACUUAGACGAAUGUAAUGCGUGUGUUUCCUCAUACUUUCAAUGCUGUGUAAUUGACACUUUUUAUCUCAUAAUAAUCUCUACAAAAGGGAAAUGGUACUCAAAGAGCAAGGUGAUCGUCUGCCUUAAUAUGCCAGUGCGAGUGUUCUUUUUAACUCUCUGCAAACAUUUGGACUUUUUUCCUACAAUCUACCACUUAAUGAGGUGGGCACGUUUCCUUACUUUUUAGACUAAGACUGGAGCUGAAAC